AUGCAUCAUGGUCUAAGAGAGAUACAGUUCGACCUCUGUGACGCCCGCCGCCACUUCGCCAUCGUCGUCCCUCAGAGAGCAAUAACCUGCCCGACCCUCCUCAACGCAAUCUUCGCCCUCUCCUCCCGCCACCUCAGCCUGCACGACCAAUAUGACCCCUACGCCUCGGACCGCUACCACCAGGAAUGCCUCAAGCACCUCACCACGAUCUCCAACGACUCCUCGGCCCUCACAAACGACGACCUCCUCGCCGCCACCAUCCUCCUCCGCACCCUCGAGGAGCUCGACGUGCCCCUCAUCGGGACCGACCACGAAGGCCACCUGCUCGGCAUCCAGCUCUUCAUGAACACGCAGAACGGCGGGCUGCCGCGCCAGAGUCAGCUGCGCCAGGCCUGUUUCUGGGUCGGCCUGCGCCAGGAGAUCACCAUGGCGUUCGCCACGCAGCGGCCCAUCAUGGUCAAGCUCGACCACCUCUUCAUCGACCGCUCGUUCUCGCCUGCCGACGACGACUGCUGGGCGAACCGCAUCGUGGUGCACUGCGCCGAGGUGGUGCAGUUCUGCUUCGGCGAGGUGGACAACCGCAAGAGCGAGUACCAGCGGCUGGUGGAGUACGACCACAACUGGUUGAGGGCGCGGCCGCUGUCGUGGUUGCCGAUUGCGUAUAGCGAACCGGACCCGGCGGCGGACCAGGCGUUUCCGCGCAUCUUCUAUAUCAACCAUGCUGUUGCACGCAGACUGGCGAGGCAAAAGUUGGAUAACGACAUUAGGACGCAAAUACGAGAACUCUGCGGCACCGCUCUCUCCAACAAGGACACAAUCCCAGCCAUGUUCACGGCCUGCAUGGGCGUGACCGCGUGCGGCGACCGGUUCACCGACCACGUGGAGCAAAGGGCUCUUCUCGACAUCUUGGUCAAGACAGAUGUGCACCACAUGUGGCCGACGGCGUCGGCGCAGUCGCACCUGAAGCGGGCGUGGGGUUGGGAAGAUGAUUCAUGA